AUGAAGCAAAUCCUACGAAAUUACUACUCACACCUUGUCUACUCAUUUGUGGCUCCAUUGGGGUGUCAAACUGGAAUUGAUGGUUCUGUUGGGGAUGUCUCCGUCGGGGUGUUUGACAUUGACAUUGAAGGCGCCACAGGGGAUGUUUCUGUCAGGGUGUUUGACAUUGAAAUUGAAGGUGCCACAGGGGAUGUCACCGUCGGGGUGUUUGAGGUUGAGAUUGAACGCACUGCAGGGGAUGUUUCUGUUGGGGUGUUUGACAUUGAAAUUGAAGGUGCCAUGGGGGAUGUUGCCGUCAGGGUGUUUGAGGUUGAAAUUGAAAGCGCUGCAGAGGAUGUUGCUGUUGGGGUGUUUGAGGUUGAGAUUGAAGGUGUUGUGGGGGAUGUCUCCGUCGGGGUGUUUGACAUUGAAAUUGAAGGUGCUGCGGGGGAUGUCUCUGUCAGGGUGUUUGUCAUUAAAAUUGAAAGCACCGCAGAGGAUGUUGCCGUCAGGGUGUUUGAGGUUGAGAUUGAAGGCACUGCAAGGGAUGUCUCCGUCAGGGUGUUUGACAUUGAAAUUGAAGGUGCCGUGGGGGAUGUCACCAUCAGGGUGUUUGAGGUUGAGAUUGAAAGUGCUGUGGAGGAUGUCGCUGUCAGGGUGUUUGAGGUUGAGAUUGAAGGCACUGUCGGCAAUGGCCCCAUCAGGGUGUUCGACAUUGAAAUUGAAAACAUGACCUCCACAAUAUGGUCAUCUGUGGCAUGA